UUUCAGUUCAUGAGCAACAUAUUUUGUUCGUCAUUUAAUUUUUGUUUUUUUAAUAUGGCUGAUACAAAGGGCUUUUCCAGCAUCGAGACACCCGGCUACGUGGGCUUCGCCAAUCUGCCGAAUCAAGUGCAUCGCAAAUCCGUUAAGAAGGGCUUCGAGUUUACGCUGAUGGUCGUCGGCGAAUCGGGUCUGGGCAAAUCGACGCUGGUGAACAGUUUAUUUCUGACCGAUUUGUAUCCGGAACGCAUUAUACCCGAUGCCAUAGAGAAACAAAAGCAAACGGUCAAACUGGAGGCAUCCACCGUGGAGAUUGAGGAGCGCGGCGUCAAGCUGCGCCUAACUGUUGUGGAUACGCCCGGUUUCGGUGAUGCCAUCGAUAAUUCAAAUAGCUUUAGCGCCAUACUGGAGUACAUUGAUGAGCAAUACGAGCGCUUCCUGCAGGACGAGAGCGGACUGAAUCGUCGCAAUAUUGUGGACAAUCGCAUACAUUGUUGCUUCUACUUUAUAUCGCCAUUCGGACAUGGACUGAAACCCUUGGACGUGGAGUUCAUGAAGAAGCUGCACUCGAAGGUGAACAUUGUGCCCGUUAUAGCCAAGGCGGAUUGUCUGACAAAAAAGGAGAUAUUGCGCUUGAAAUGCCGCAUUAUGCAGGAGAUCGAGAGCCAUGGCAUCAAAAUCUAUCCACUGCCCGACUGUGAUUCAGAUGAGGACGAAGACUACAAGGAGCAAGUGAAGCAACUUAAAGAAGCUGUGCCUUUUGCCGUCUGCGGCGCCAAUACUCUGCUCGAGGUCAAAGGCAAAAAGGUGCGCGGCCGCCUCUAUCCCUGGGGCGUGGUUGAGGUCGAAAAUCCGGAUCAUUGUGAUUUUAUAAAGCUGCGCACCAUGCUGAUCACACACAUGCAGGAUCUGCAGGAGGUCACACAGGAGGUGCACUACGAGAACUAUCGUUCCGAUCGCCUCGCCAAGGGCAUUAAGGGCAAAGAGAAUGGCAUCAAAUCGGAGCGCGGCGACAACAAUGGAACCGUACAGGUGGGCGUCAAUAGUGUACUCAACGAGAAGGAUCGCAUACUGCAGGAGAAGGAGGCGGAGCUGCGACGCAUGCAGGAGAUGCUCGCCCAGAUGCAGGCGCGCAUGCAGGCACAAAAGUGAACAAAUAUCUACAGGAUCGGGCGGCAGGUUGGCGGCAGUUAGCGCACGUUUGUGCAAUUUACAUAUAUAUAUACAACUAUAUAUCACAUAUAUACAUACAUAUAUAUAUAGAUAGAUAUAUAGACGUAUAUAUAUAUAUAUAUAUAUUUUGUAUGCAGUUUUUAAGUUAAGUUCACGAUGGGCGCUAAAUUAUCUGUUUAUUUUUGCAUUCUAAACACACACACACACAUAUAUAUGCACGUGUGUGUGUGUAACUAUAUAUGUAUGCGUGCAUAUUUAGCUAGUGAUUUUUUAUACUAUAACUGUAAUUGCAAGUCAAAGAUCGAAAAUCAAAUCUCAAGGCAUCAGAACAACACACACACACACACAUACACAUACAAGC